AUGGCGCCUUCUCGUCCAGUUACUUCGAUCAUCAGCCUCGAGGCGUCACCGUCAAACAGCCGGGCAAAUCGCACGUACCUCGUGUAUUUCAUCACUGGGAAUCCGGGGCUGAUUCAGUACUAUUAUACUUUUCUCACACAUCUCUUCGAUUUACUAUCUCCCAAGUUCUCAUCAUCCAUCUCAUUAAAGUUGCGAAUCUUUGGGCGCAGUCUCUCUGGUUUCGAGGUCGAUGAAGAUUCCAAGUUUCAAGAAAGUCCACCACAUGAGAAAGGACCGCCAUACGGAUUAGAAGAACAAAUUACGCAGUCUCACAAGGUGCUAGAGGACGUUGUCUGUUAUGAUCGUUUGAACGGCGGUACGGAUGUAAGAGUUAUUUUAGUAGGGCAUUCCGUAGGAGCCUACAUCCUCCUCGAAAUUAUUCGCAGGACACGAGAAAAGGCCGCCAACGAUCCAGACAAUGGGGUCAGAAUUGCAGGAGGAAUAUGUCUAUUUCCCACUGUCACGCACAUAUCACACAGUCCAAGUGGAAGGAAGAGCAGUUGGCUUCUCAACCGACUGCAUUUUGCCCAUACAGCAUCAAUCGUUGUCAAAGUUCUGACACUACUUCUGCCUUUCAGUAUGCUCUCGUUUCUCGUCAGCUCGCUGAUGUCGUUUCCGUCAGACGCAGCACGAGUGACCACUGCUUUCGUGAAGAGCAAGUAUGGGGUGAGGCAGGCACUGUACGCACGCGAUGAGAUGCUUACAAUCACGAGUGACAGGUGGGAUGCUGAGAUCUGGGGGGCAGCACACCCUUCCAAGCAUCCCCACCCCCGGCCAGCCCUACGAUUCCUAUUUGCGAAAGCGGAUCAUUGGGUUGCAGACGAGACUCGUGACGACCUCAUUAAGGUGAGAGGUCUUAGUAAGCACAGUGAUGAAGACUGGAAGCCGAUUAUGGAGGUUGACGAAGUAAGAGGCUGGCCACAUGGAUUUUGCAUAAAGCACAGUAUACCAGUCGCGGAGAGGGUGAAGAUGUAUAUUGAUGACGUCAUUCAGUCCGACCUUGAGCGGCCAUAG